AUGCGCCGCUCGUUGGGCGCAAUUGACAUUGGCGAAGUGUCUUCGGAAAUGCUGAAACUCACCCUCUCGACCAGUUCGGGAUCCCUGCAAACGGACGCGACGACGAACGCCACGACCGCUGCCACCGACGCUAUGACCCCAUCCAUCGACACUGACGACGCCGCCGCCGCCACAGGUGACGCCAAUGCAGCAGCAGCAGCAGCAACAGGUGACGUCAACGCAGCAGCAGCGGUCGACGUCGUGGACGGCUCGACGACCGCCUCCAGCAGCAGCAGCAGUAGUAGUAGCAGUAGCAGUAGCAACAACGCGACUUCCCACCGCGACGACGAAGCGCUCGAGCUCUGGCUCAGCAUCAGCAUUCCGCUCCUGCUCCUCCUCACGGCGUGCGUGCUCAUGGUCUUCUGCUGCAAACGGCCGAAGAGCAGCGCGAGCGACGUCCGCCCACCAGUCGGCUCGCCGUCGCUGCCCAUGUACCAACUCGGACGGCGUCGGGGGUCCCCACCCCCGCGGACCGCUACGCUGACGCUCGAAGACGAACAGGCGCUCGCGCCGUGGCGGAUCAACGCCGAGAACAUUGCGCCGAUCCGACCGCUGGGCGCCGGCGCCUACGGCACUGUGUGGCUCGCGACGUACUUGGGCGAGACGGUCGUGGUCAAGAAACUGUCGCCGCCGCUGCCGCCUGCGCUCCCGCGGACAAAGUCGUGGCGCAAGGCGAGUCGCCACAGCCGCCGCAGUAGCAACGGCGGGUCGGGGGCGACCGCCGGCACGAACUCGCGGACCAAGUCGCAUGGGCGACGCGGCAGUAGUGCGCUCCGGCGCUUCGUGGCCGAGAUCCGCUUCCUCGCGUCGCUGAGCCACCCGAAGGUCGUGGCGUUCUACGGCGCUGCGUGGAUCUCGCCGCCGCUGAAAGCCGACGCCGCGACGGCGGACGCGCCGGCCACGGCGUCGGACCUUCAGAUGGUGCUCGAGCACAUGAGCGGCGGCGACUUGCGCCAGUAUUUGGUCUGCACGCGCCACGACGCCCGCGCCCGCGCGUGGCGCUCGCCCAAGUUGUCCAUGGCGCUCGACGUGGCCGAAGCGCUCACGUAUUUGCACGCGCGGCAGCCGCGACCGCUUUUGCAUCGGGACCUCAAGUCGCGGAACAUCUUACUGGAUUCGGCCUACACGGCCAAAGUGGCGGACUUUGGCAUGAGUCGGUACGGUCCCCGGCACGUCCCUUCGGGCGAGCACAGAGCUGCAGGAGGAGGUACAAGAGGCACAGGAGGAGGAGGGGCAGCAGCUAAUGGGGUACCCGACGACAAUGACGACGAGACGGAGCUCGAGAAAGCAGACGACGCCAAGUGCGAAUUGGCCAUGACGCGGUCCGUUGGGACGAAUCGGUGGAUCGCCCCGGAAGUGCUCUCAGGGAACUCGCGCUACUCGACGGCCGUCGACAUUUACUCGUUCGGCGUCAUUCUGUCGGAACUCGACAGCCACGAACUGCCGUUCUCGGACGUGACGCUGUCGAACGGGCAGCCGCUGCCCGAGAAGGCCGUGCUGGAGCUAUUGCGGACCGGAGCGAUUCGCCCGUCGCUGUCGGACCGCUGUCCCCGGGAAGUGGCGACGCUCGUGACAGAGUGUCUGACGCUCGAGCCCUCGCAGCGUCCGACGGCCGCCCAAGUGGCCGACCGACUUCGGAGUUUGCUCGAGCGCGAGCGGCGCGUGAGUGACAUUGGCGACGACGUGAGUACGAGCGACCAGAACUCGUUCCUCGGGGCCCGAGAAGACGUCGCCAGUGUCUUUAGCAGCAGCAUUGGGAGCUCGGGCAUGUCGGUCGAGCGUGGCUUCAGCUAUGCCGUACUGGGUGAGCGCUAG